AUCAGGAAGUUAUUUAAACAGCAGCAGCCUGCCUGGAUGUGUUUAUAAUGUCCACAGCAGACAGAGUGGGUCAGAAAGCAGCGCAGAAAUGAAUCUGGGAGUUUUUACGUGGCUUUUCCUGCUGCUCCUCUGUUUACUGACACCUGCUACGUCUAGAAGAGAGAAGAGGAACGUCCUUUUCAUCAUAGCAGAUGAUCUGCGGGCAUCUUUGGGUUGCUAUGACGACGCCCUGGCGAAGUCUCCUAACAUUGACCAGCUGGCAUCCAGAAGCCAAGUCUUCCUCAAUGCAUAUGCCCAGCAAGCCGUGUGCGCUCCCAGUCGAACAUCCAUGCUGACCAGCCGCAGGCCGGACACAACCAGGCUGUACGACUUCAACUCCUACUGGAGGGUCCACUCUGGGAGCUACACUACUCUGCCGCAACACUUUAAAUCCAAAGGCUACUACACCAUGUCAGUGGGAAAGGUGUUCCAUCCAGGCAUUGCUUCUAACCACACUGAUGACUACCCCUACAGCUGGUCUGUCCCUGCGUAUCACCCGUCUUCAUUUAGAUUUGAGAAGCAAAAGAUGUGUAAAGGAGACGAUGGUCAGCUCCACGCCAACCUGCUGUGUGCGGUUAAUGUGACGGAGCAGCCCGGAGAAACCCUGCCAGACCUGGAGAGCACGGAUGAAGCAGUGAGGCUGCUGAAGAGUCGGGUCGGGGACGGAGCUUUCUUCCUUGCUGUGGGAUUUCACAAACCACACAUACCUUUCAGGAUCCCACAGGAGUACCUGAGCCUCUACCCUUUAGAUAAAAUGACCCUGGCUCCUGACCCCGAUGUUCCCGAGCUCCUACCUCCCGUAGCCUACAACCCCUGGACAGAUGUGAGAAAGCGGGAGGAUGUUCAGAAACUUAAUGUUAGCUUCCCCUAUGGACCAAUUCCUAAAGACUUCCAGCUGCGUAUCCGUCAGCACUAUUACGCUGCUGUGUCCUACAUGGACGCUCAGGUUGGGAGGCUCCUCAGUACGCUAGAUGCUCUCGGGUUGGCUGACAGCACAAUGGUGGUUUUCACCUCUGAUCAUGGUUGGUCAUUAGGCGAGCACGGAGAGUGGGCCAAAUACUCCAAUUUUGAUGUGGCAACGCGUGUUCCCCUCAUCAUGUUCGUCCCCGGUGUCACUGCUGCCUAUAGCCGAGCAGAAGGGCCUACUUUCCCCUUUAUUGAUGUUUUUAGCCAACCUGAGUACAGCUUCACCAAUGCAAAGGUAAUCCGUAACACGGUGGAGCUGGUGGACGUCUUUCCUACCGUCUCCUACAUGGCCGGCCUCCCAGCGCCUGAGCAUUGCCCUGACGUCUCCCUCCAGGUGGAGCUGUGUACAGAAGGAAGGAAUCUGGUCCACACCUUUCAGCACAAAGAAAGGGGAAAGAAUGCCGAACUCAUGGCUUUCAGCCAAUACCCUCGACCCGCUGACACUCCACAGAACAACUCUGACCUCCCUGAUCUCCAAGACAUCAAGGUGAUGGGUUACUCUCUGCGUAACUGGGACUACAGAUACACACUGUGGCUUGGAUUCAAUCCCAGAUCCUUUCAGGUGAAUGUUUCUGAUGUCCACGGUGGUGAGUUAUACAUGUUAGCAGAUGACCCCGGUCAGGACAAGAACAUCUACAGUGACUUUGAUCAUAGCAUUGUUAUGAAGAAGAUGGACGCCCUUCCUCAUAAUGCGAGCGUGUGGACGAGGAUGAGGCUCCAGCUUUAUUACCACACAGCAGGACUGAAGAGAAACGCUGGGACGGUGUGACGAGCAAGAAGCACAACAGUCGGACUCACAGGGACCAGUUCAAAGGGAAUAUAACUAUAAAGGAAAAAUGAAUCUGUUUGUAUAGAGUUAUUGCUGAUUGUUUCACAUUUAAUACCUGAAUAUUUAGGUUUUUUCACUGAUUAAAAGUAUGACUUAAUCCAGA